CGACGACCCGCCUGAUAACACUCUCAACCCAUUUGAAGAAGCUUCCGAUCAUAUAGACGCGAUGCCUGGACAAGUACGACACCCUCCUCCACAAGUUUCAUAUCAGCAGCAGCAGCUCUCGGUUCUGCUGGUAACUUCAGGAUAUGACCAUACCAUCCGCUUCUGGGAGGCGCUGAGUGGGAUCUGCUCGCGAACAAUCCAACACCCUGAUUCCCAAGUGAACCGACUAUGCAUCUCGCCAGAUAAGAGAUACCUCGCCGCUGCGAGUAAUGGUCAUGUACGGCUAUACGAUAUCAAUUCUGCCAAUACAAACCCAAUUGCAUCAUUUGAUGGGCAUACGGGGAACGUCACGGCGGUGAACUUCCAUGUGGACGGAAAGUGGAUGGUCACGUCAAGUGAAGAUGGAACAGUGAAGAUCUGGGACACAAGAGCUCCAAGCGUCCAACGAAACUACGAUCAUAAGGUACCAGUGAACGAUGUUGCUAUUCACCCAAAUCAAGGUGAAUUGGUGAGUUGUGAUCAGGGAGGAAGUGUGCGGAUAUGGGACUUGGGCGAGAAUGCCUGCACGCAUGAGCUCGUACCAGAGGAAGACACGCCCAUACGAUCAGUCACAGUCGCCACGGAUGGAAGUAUGCUGGUAGCGGGAAACAACCGGGGCAACUGCUAUGUCUGGAAGAUGAACAACGCGAGCGACAUCACCUCACUACAACCGCACACCAAAUUCAGAGCACACAAUAAAUACUUGACACGAGCCUUAUUAUCACCUGAUACGAAACACCUGGCGACAUGCAGUGCUGACACGACCGUCAAGAUCUGGUCGACGGAGUCAUCGGAGGGCGGAGCUGGGUUCAAAUUGGAGAAACAGUUGCAGGGUCAUCAGAGAUGGGUGUGGGAUUGUGCGUUUAGUGCGGAUUCGGCGUAUCUGGUUACGUCGAGUUCGGAUCAUGUUGCGAGGUUGUGGGAGUUGAGUUCUGGGGAGACUAUCCGGCAGUAUAAUGGUCACCAUAAGGCGGCAACGUGUGUGGCUUUGAACGAUAUCAGUUAUUAGGAGUGGUACAAGUCUAUUUGGUACCGAGUUACUCCCGUACAUACCCGAGUUCACCUGGAUCGC